AUGCACACUGGUGGUCUUGCUCAAAUGUCUCACAACAGCUUCACUUCGCAACCCGGCCUGGCCAUGCCUUCGGGCGGCCUUGCCUCGCGCCGUGGUGGUCAGAACAUCAAGCCCCUCUCGUUCGAGUCUAUGAGAACCACCGACACCAAAGACAACGGUGUCCCCACCCCUCGAACCAGCCGAUCCCACCUGCUCGCGGGCCUCAGAACGGCGCCCAAGUCGGCCACAACUGGUAACUUCCCUGCCUCGGCCACUUCUGCUCUGCCUGCUGCCCACUCCAUGCACGGCAGCAAGGGUGUCUCCACAGGCAUGUACGCCGCCCACGAGGGUUCCUACGCUGGUCCCAAAACCUCGCUCCCCCGCCUCGCGACUCAACAGCAGCAGCAGCAGCAGCAGCAGUACCCGCAGCAGCAGCAGCAACAACAGCACCAACAGCAGCAGGGAUACGGCCACAUGAUGAUGGGCGGCGGUCAGCACUACACUGCUGAUCAAAUCCUGGCUCCCCCGGAGUUGCACCUCGACGAGCAGAUCCAGGAGCAGAUGGACCCCGACAUGUAUGCUCGCCUCGUUGCCACCAACAUGUACCUGGCCCAGCAGCAGCAGCGUCUACAGCAGCAGCUUAUGAACAUCCAGGCUGCCGCUCAGCAGUUCCAAGGUCUGAGUUUGAAUGGCCAGCAAGGUUUCCAGCAGCAGUUGGCGUUGCAAAACUUGAUCCAGCAGCAGCAGCAACUGAAGAACCUUCAGCAGUCCAUGGCGACUAUGCAGCACCAACACCAGCAACAGCAGCAGCAGCAGCAGCAGCAGCAGCCUCAACAGAACAUAUACACCUACUUUGACCCGGCCACGGGUCAGCAGGCCUACUAUGUCGAUCAGAACCAGGCUCAGUACAACAACGUCUACAUGGACCAGCCUGCUACCCCGCAGAACAUGUCCUUCCAGCAGCAUAUGGCCACCCCGCGUGUUGAGGUUUCACCGCCUCCCAUGGAGAACGAGAGACCCUUCUUCCGCAGCAACUCGCCGCCCAAGAAGCUCGAGUUGACGGCCGAGCCAACUCCUCUCCCCCCUCCCUCCGCCAACGCUUUCCGCCGAGGUCAUAAGAAGGCAUCCUCCAUUGCGAACCAGAAGGGUCUGUCUCUCGCCACCGAUGAGGCCAACAGGGCAGCAGGACCUAGGACCGCUCCUUUCCCUCUGUCGCCUCUGCCAAACGGGUAUGGCCCUGGACAGGCGCGUGCUGGCCAGCAUCCUGUUCGUCAACCCCGGGGACCUCCUGCCAUUGAUGAGCUGCGCAGCAAGCCGACUGCCAAGCAUGAGGGCAGCAAGAAUUUUGCCGCCCGCACCCGACGUUCCGCUGUCCACAAUCUCGUCCGAGCCGGCAUGGAGAGACGCAAGGGCACUAGCAGUAGCUCUGGCAGCACAAGCCCCGUCUCCGAAAGUGCCGAGGAGGCUGGCACCCCUCUGACCGAUGACAUGUCUGACUCUGGCCUCAGCGGUUCUGGCAGUCUCUCGGGGGAUCUCGAGACCCACAAGCCCAUCAAGGUGACCACGCGUGUUGGCUGGGGUGCCAUCGGCUCUGACCGUCCCAGCUCGCGCCAGAAGUCCCGUAAGAGCGUCGAAAGCCUGUCCAGUGCUUGCGAGAGUGACCACGGCAGCUUUGCCAGCGUAUUCAAGCAUGGUGGGCCAAGGGCCAGCAAGCCCGAAACUCCCGAAGGCCAGCGCAAGCCUUCUAUGCUCGUGCUCACCAGCGCCGAAAAGCGCAAGGGUGGCUUGCCUGCAUAA